CUUGCCUCGCUCAUUUGCUUUCUCUGUGGAGACAGGUAUCCGCAGAGGGCUGCAUGGCUGGGAGUAACUUUUAAGCAUCACCCUAACCGCCCCAUAACCGGUAUGGCGGCCAAGGAGGAGAGACCCUUCUGGCGUGGCUCUGGACCCUGGAACCAGUGACCCGAGAGAUUCCGUGUUUAUUUUGGGCUAGACUUAGCAUACAGGUGGGAAGAGCUUCCCUGUGCGGUGAGGCACGUGUCUAUGGAGAUAUGAACUCGUUGACUGUAAAUUCGCGAGUGGCUUUUGGUACUGGCCUUACGAACAUCGCCAUGGAUAUCUCCCAAUUUCCCGAAAGUUUGCGUGACAAACGCAUCCUUCUCUGUACAGAGAGCUUCGGCCCCGUGAACGGCGUGUCGCGGACGACGCUGAUGCUAGUCAACCACCUCAGGGAGAACGGCGUCGACGUGAGGGUGGUGGCGCCAUAUAACCACACAAAACACAACACGUUUGUCCCAGCUGUGCGGUCACAACAACGAAUAUCGCCCUCCGAUGCGACACUUUCACACCGUAGCCCUCUGCUUCCCCUGGACCAGCGAAACACCGAAUUCAGGGUCAAAGGCUACCCCCUGCCCUACAACCCCGAGCUCUCUGUGGCCUACCCCGUGCGGCUCUCGACGGUGUACGCGCAGACGUGCGCCGACGGCAGGCCGCCUGACCUCGUCUACCUGGCGUCGCCGGCAAGCCUGGGCUUCCAGGUGAUGCUGCAGAUGCGGCAGCAGCGGGCCGGCAGGCAGGUGCCCAUCGUCGCCAACUUCCAGACAGCGCUUGGAGAAUACUGCGCCAUCCUGCUACCGGGCCCGCUCGGCCGGCAGGCCGCGGCCGUGUUCGCGGCCGUCGAGGGGUUCCUGUACCGCCACGCCUCGGUCAGGGCCGUCUUCUACCCGUCGUCGUACGUGCGCCACUAUCUCGAAGGCCGCGCCGCCGUGGGCUCGCCGGGGAAGCUGCACCUACUCCGGCGCGGCGUGGACACGGAGCUAUUCAACCCCGCAAAGCACAGCGACGCCCUGCGCCGGCGGCUAGCGCCCGGCGGCGAGGCCAUCGUGCUGUGCGUCACGCGCAUCGCGGGUGAGAAGGGCCUGGACUUUUUGGCCGCGGUCGCCGCGGAGCUCGACGCGCGGGGGCGCGACGGCGGCGGUGGCGGGGUGCCGUUCGUGCUGCACGUCGUGGGCGGGAACCGCAGCCGCGACGUGCUCGAGGGCGUCCGCGCGUCGUUCCCGGCGCGGCUGCUCGACAAGGGCCGGGUCGUGUUCGCGGGGUUCCAGGCGGGCGAGGAGCUGGCGCGCAGCUACGCGACGGCCGACGUGUUCGCGCACUGCUCCGUGACCGAGACGUUCGGGCUCGUGGUGCUCGAGUCCAUGGCCAGCGGCGUGCCCGUCGUCGCGAGGGACGCGGGCGGGCCCAGCGACGUGGUCCGCCACGGCGAGACCGGGUUCCUGGUGCCGCCGCCCGACGUGCGGGGGUUCGCCGACAAAAUCGUCCUGCUCGCGCGGGACGCGGACCGCAGGCGCCGCUUCGGAGAGGCGGCGAGGCGGCAGGCGUGUGACGCGACCUGGGACAGGAUCAACAACGCCGUCGCGUGGAAGAUGGCCGAGGUGAUCGAGGAGAAGCGGGCGGAGCAGCUCGCGGCGGCGGCGGGCUGUUCCGGGGUCGGCCGCUUCGUACGGCCGUGGAUCGACUAUCUGGGCGACAAGGCCCGGUAUCCCCGCCUGGCCGUUGCCAUGGGCUUCAUAUUUGCUAUAUGGGCGGCAGUCGGGUUUUACCUCGCCUUCAUAAUAGUGACAUUGUGGGCCAGGUCACAACUUAGACUGUAAGACUAAGCACCGGUGUGGUUCGAGACAGCCACGUGCGUCUCGGCGAUGAUGAUGGAUUUUUAGACCGAGGGCCUUGAUUCAUACAUGCAUAUUAUCUACCUCCA